AUGUCAGACACCAAGCAACCUGUAGCCUUCAUCGGCCUCGGGGCCAUGGGCUUCGGCAUGGCCACUCACCUCAUCAAGCAAGGCUACCCUGUAACCGGCUUUGACGUCUGGCCCCCAACCCUAGAGAAGUUCACCUCCGCCGGCGGUCUCACAGCGUCCACACCAGCAUCCGCCGUGGCCGACAAGCCACUCUGUGUCUGCAUGGUAGCCACUGCGCAACAAGCCCAAUCUGUGCUCAUCGACGGGCCGGACGCCGCCGCUCCAGCUCUGCCCCAAGGGGCGGUCCUCCUCCUCUGCUCCACCGUCCCCUGUGACUAUGUUCAAUCUCUUGCGAAGCAGCUCUCCGCCAUUGGCCGUCCGGACAUCCAUCUGAUCGACUGCCCUGUCUCUGGCGGUGCCGCCCGCGCCGCCGACGGUACCCUUUCCAUCAUGGCGGGCGUGCCGUCUGAGAAGGCCCUGGGCAAAUCCAAGCCGCUCCUGGAAGAGCUUGCCGAUCCAGCCAAGUUGUACAUUGUCCAAGGCGGCAUCGGCGCCGGCAGCAACAUGAAAAUGGUGCACCAGGUGCUUGCGGCUGUGCAAAUUCUCGCAGCGAGCGAGGCCAUGGGGUUGGCCACUCAUUUGGGACUGGACCUGGCAAGAACGAAUGAGGCCGUGCUCAAAUCGGACGCGUGGAACUGGAUGUUUGAACACCGGACGCCGAGGAUGUUGACGGGCUAUCAGCCCAUUGCGAGUGCGACGGUGAUCAUCGUCAAAGACACAAGCAUCAUCACUGCCGAGGCCAGGAGGAGCGGAUUCCCCACGCUGAUGACGAGCGUGGCCGAGCAGGUGUAUUUUUCUGCCGUAGGAAGGGGGUACGGGGCGGACGACGACAGUGGGCUGGUAAGGCUGUAUGCAGAAGGCAAGGGCAAGGUUGGACCGGUUCAAGGAACUGCUGCGAGUGGCGAGGAGAAGCUAGCACUAGUGAUCGGACUCUUGAAGGGGAUAUUGCUCUGCUCAGCGGCGGAGGCCCUGGCUUUCGCGGAUAGGGUUGGGCUGGACCUCGAUCAGGUGUUUGAUCUGUGUAUCAACGCGGCCGGAGGAAGUCAGAUGCUGAAGAAGUAUGGGCCCAGUAUCAUCAAGGCUUUCCGGGAGGGCACGGCGAGGCAGGGAUGGGCUGCUGCCGAAAGCGAGACGAGUCUCAAGGAGAUUGCCGAUGGUCUUUCUGCGGCUGUUGAAGAGGCUCAAAGACUCAAGGCGCCCGUUUUCUUGGGCAGCCAGGCGUUGAAUGUCGUCCGGGUCGCGCUGCAGUCGAGCCCAGAUGGAGUUGCGGCGGGGGCUGUUGUGAAGGUGUGGAACUCGACAAGCAUGGAGAAAGCGUUCCGCCCUCACUUCUUCAACCACGGGAAGCCAGAUGCCAACCCAAAAGAGAAAAAGAAUUGCCACUGGUGCCAGAUCCGAUCCUUCGCAACCCAUGCGCAGCUGCCCAUCUCCAUCGUCAACCGCGAAGACGACGCCUUUCUCAACCCCAACUUCCGUUUUAUCGACCACUCCAUCAUAGGCAAAAACGUUCCUGUGGCCGACCAGUCUUUCCGAGUAGGCUGCUCCUGCGCUAGCGAUGAAGAGUGCAUGUACUCGACAUGCCAGUGUCUCGACGAGAUGGCGCCAGAUAGCGACGAGGAAGCUGAUCCCUACACCCGGAAGAAGCGAUUUGCCUACUACUCUCAAGGAGCGAAAAAGGGACUAUUGCGUGAUAGGGUCUUGCAAUCCCAGGAGCCCAUCUACGAGUGCCACCAAGGUUGCGCCUGUUCCAAGGACUGCCCAAACCGGGUGGUAGAGCGUGGCCGGACCGUGCCCUUACAGAUCUUUAGAACCAAAGACAGGGGCUGGGGCGUCAAAUGUCCCGUCAAUAUCAAGAGGGGGCAAUUCGUGGACCGGUACUUGGGCGAAAUCAUUACCAGCGAGGAGGCCGACCGGCGACGAGCUGAAUCGACCAUUGCUAGACGAAAGGAUGUCUACUUGUUUGCCCUCGACAAGUUUUCCGAUCCGGACUCACUAGACCCCUUGCUGGCCGGACAGCCGCUAGAGGUUGACGGCGAGUAUAUGAGUGGCCCUACCAGGUUCAUCAACCACAGCUGCGACCCAAAUAUGGCCAUCUUUGCGCGGGUGGGCGAUCACGCUGACAAGCAUAUUCACGACCUUGCCCUGUUCGCCAUCAAGGAUAUCCCCAAGGGGACCGAGUUGACAUUCGACUAUGUCAACGGAUUGACAGGGCUCGAAAGCGACGCGCAUGACCCAUCAAAGAUCUCGGAGAUGACCAAAUGUCUCUGCGGAACUGCCAAGUGCAGAGGCUAUCUGUGGUAAAGGGGGAAGAUGUUAACUCACAAAAACCCUGUGGUGUCCCCAAAGAUCACUUGACGAUGCGUUCCCCGCAAACCCAUAUUUUAUCCGGUGGCCUGACUUGCCGUUCGUAUGCCCUAGACUACCACUUGCAGAGCUAAUGCAACCGUUGCAGUGAGGCGACUGCAACACCAAG